AUGAAUGCGACGGCUCCUGAUAUAUUGGUGGCAAAGGGCCAACUGGACAUAUCGUACCGAGGACCACAGUAUGCUUUGGAUCCCCCUAGCGCCGCCUACAAUACCGUACUGGAAUUUAACAUCACAUUCGAUAACACCUCCGCAUAUAACGUGACGAACGAGUCCCUCAACCUCUGGAACGAGUACAUCAAACUUCUGCAAGACCGCGCUUUGCUGGUUACUUUUUUACUCCUUUUCUCCCUAACGACAGUAUUCGGAAACAUGCUCGUCAUACUAGCUGUAGUUCGCGAGCGAUAUUUGCAUACAUCAACUAAUUAUUUUGUUACAUCUCUCGCUGUGGCUGAUUGUCUCGUCGGAUUAGUGGUGAUGCCUUUCUCGGCUUUAUAUGAAGUGUUAGAACAUACUUGGUUCUUCGGAGUAGACUGGUGCGAUGUGUGGAGAUCACUAGAUGUUCUAUUCAGUACCGCCUCAAUACUAAAUCUGUGUGUGAUUUCACUGGACCGGUACUGGGCCAUUACGGACCCUAUUACAUAUCCGAUGCGAAUGAGCGGACGGAAAGCAGCCUUCCUUAUUGCGGCGGUAUGGGUGUGUUCCGGUGCUAUAUCCUUUCCCGCGAUCGCGUGGUGGCGCGCCGUACGAUUAGAAGAAGUGCCAGAUUUUAAGUGUCCAUUUACGGAAAACUUAGAGUACAUAAUAUUCUCAUCGACAAUAUCUUUUUAUUUACCGUUAUUUGUGAUGGUGUUCACUUAUUAUCGUAUCUAUCGUGCAGCGACAAUACAGACGCGAUCUUUAAAGAUUGGUACUAAACAAGUGAUGAGGCCGAGUGGUGAAUUAGAGUUAACUUUGCGUAUUCAUAGAGGUGGAACAGUACGGCAACGCAGUGAUGCGUGUCACGGUGUGUGUACGCCAGAAGAGGCGGAUCAGGAGCCGCUGACAGCCCUCCAGAACAAUGGACUGUCGCGGUCGUCAACACGGUUGACGAAUGUAACUCAUGGCAAACAUUUGCCUAAAAACUUUUCAUUGUCAAGGAAAUUAGCGAAGUUUGCGAAAGAGAAGAAAGCAGCAAAAACGUUGGGCAUAGUGAUGGGUGUGUUUAUAGUAUGUUGGUUGCCGUUUUUUGUGGUGAAUUUGCUCUCAGGCAUAUGUUCAGCCUGUAUUGCGCACGAGGAGAUUGUUAACGUGGUGGUGACCUGGCUGGGCUGGGUCAACUCUUCUAUGAAUCCUGUCAUCUACGCUUGCUGGAGUAGAGAUUUUAGAAGAGCGUUUUUGCGAAUCCUCUGCGCGUGCUGUCCCAGAAAACUUCGACGGAAAUACCAACCGCAGCUUCGCUUCAAACAAUCUCAGUACCCUGUUUCCACCAUGAUGUACUCCUCAGUGUCACAACAUGAGAUGUGUCGUUUGUGA